UGUAGAUGUUUUAAACUUUGAAGAGAAAAAAAGGGACAGAAAAUCAUCACCCUACAGGCUGUUCUUACCAACUACAAUAUUGCAAGACGAAAUGUUUGAGCCAAAAAUCACAGAUAGUGAUCGAUUGAAAGUAUUCGGACCAGGCGUAGACGAUAUAUUGUGUAAGUAUCAGGUGAAGAAAGUUGACAAAGUUGAUCUCAUCUUCAUUCCAGUACUACUUUCUGAUCAUUACUGGUGCCUAUGCUUUAACAUGAAAAAUGGAGAUAUCGAGUUAAUCGAUAACUCUCGGUAUGCCGAAUCGUUUACCAAACGCUACCGUGGACGCCCCGAAAAGCUGCGGAGAGUCCUAGUGCUAUACCUAAAAGGCAAACUUGGACAAAAAGAGUGGAUAACAAAGUUGGAAAAAGCAAAAAUAAUUCGAAAGGAAAUGGAGUGGAGAACUCUUCAAAAUGGUAGUGACUGUGGUGUCUUCACUAUGAGGCAUAUGGAGACAUACAAGGGCAAAUCUCCAUGGAAUGCAGGGUUUAAAACGGAAGACCAGAAAGAAAUGCAAGAUUCACAACUACGGUUUUUGCGGUACAGGUAUCUUAGUAAGAUUGUAUUGUCCGACUACAAUCUUAUAAGGAAGGAGGUAUACGACAAAGCUACGGACUUUAUGGCGAAUUCGAUCCCCGCUGAUGCUUUGCACGAUCUAGAUAGCAAAAUAAGUAACAGAUUAGAGCAGUUCUUCAAGCUCAAAAAGAGGAAACAAAAUGAAAAGUCGUAGGACUACUAUCUUGCUGUCUUUUGUUCCAAACAUCUUUGUCAUUUGGAUUUUUUAUUUCUAUUUAUAAUUCUAAUAAUUUCUAGUUA